ACCUUUACAAAUAAACGCGGGUGAGUAAAAUAUUUCCAGAUGAUUAAUGGUUGGGUCCAGUCAAGCCCAAUUUUGGUUUCUUGGUAUUGGUACAACCAGGAACCAGUAGAGUUUUGGUCUUUUGGGCUUUUGGCCCAGUUUUGAUUGGUUCGACCAUAUAUCCAUGACGACGGACCAAGUUAACGAAACGGGUCAAAUUUUCUUACAUUCCACAGCGCGUGAAAUGGACGCGCUCAGAGCCACAUACGGAGACGACGAUUCUUCAGACUCCAAUUCCGAUACCACCUCCUCACCGGCGCCACCUGCCAAAUCAGAAGCCGGGGUGGAUUCGACGCUCUCUUCCCCACUACCUCCACCUCCUCUUUCUCUCCUUGACCCUCCCAAUUCCCUCGGGACGCUGGAUAACUUGCAAACUGGUCAGCCCAGUAGAGUCAGGAGCUUCCCUCAUGUUGAGGGCAACUAUGCUUUGCACGUUUACAUCCCGGUUUAUAUACCAUCUACAUCAAAGAAGGAGAUGUGCCAGUUUCUAAAGAAAGUAGCAUCCCUUGUACCAGACCUUUACGUUGUAGAUGUUGAUGUUCCAUUAAAUGGUUUGUGCAAAGAUGAACAUAAGCUUGAACAAGUUGCGUUGGGAAGGGAAUUUCACAUAAGCUUAGGAAGAACCGUUGCUAUUAGGGUGCACCAGAUUGACUCCAUGGUAGCUAUGCUUCGCCAGAAGCUUCAGUUUCAGAAAAGGUAUUGGAUUGAUUUCAACAAGUGGGAAGUUUUUGUAAAUGAUGAAGGCACACGCUCCUUUCUUUCAGUUGAGGUUUUGACAGGUGGACAAGCAGAGAUAACAAAGAACAUCCAAGCCGUCAAUGAGGCCUACAAACUUCAUAAUCUUCCCGAGUUUUAUAAGGAUCCUCGCCCGCACAUAUCCUUGGCUUGGGCACUGGGGAAUAUCAGUGAUUCCUUAAAAAAUGUUGUUGAAGAAGUAAAGAGAUCUUGCUUUCGAGGUUCUUUACAAAGUCGUGUUUUCACUUGCAAAUUUAAUGGAAUUGAGUGUAAAAUUGGAAAUAAAACAUAUAAGAUAUGUAAAUCUCCAGAUGAAUUAUAAACCUUGUAAAAUCCGAACAGAGCACUAUUUUUUAGAUGUAAGGGGUAGCCCUUC